UACAGUACUCAUUUCCUCACAGUCACAUGAUAUGUCGUGCUAGAACAAGAGGGAGCUGUCAGACCAGCAGUCCAGUUCUUCACCGUUGUGUCUAAGAUCAGUUUCCCAGAGUGAAAGCUGGAGUGUCAGAUCAUGAUCCAACAGUUUGUCAUCCUGUGUCUGGCCACUGGCCUGGCUUCAGCUGUCUGUCCAGAUGGGUCUACCUGCCCAUAUGGAACAACCUGUUGUAAGAAGCUGUAUGGCGGAUAUACGUGUUGCCCUCUCCUAAAGUGGAAAGAAGCAAAAGCCGCCCUGCUUGUUCAGGCAGGAACACCGAAUACAUUGACUGAAAAUAUCUGUCUGGAUAACACUGAAUGCCCUCCUGAGUACACUUGUAUGCCCACAUCAAAAGGCUUUUAUGGUUGCUGCCCAUUCACUGAGGCAAAUAUUUGCAAGGAUUUGGAGCAUUGUUGCCCAAAGGGAUAUGAAUGUGACCUGAUUGAAGCCAAAUGCAAAAGAACAGGAGCAACGGAAGACAAGUUGCCACUGGUUUCUGCAGUAGACAACUUGCGUAGUGCCAAUAGUGAGCUUUGUGGGAAUAUGACCUGUUCUCGAGGAUACACCUGUUGCAAGUCAAAGAACCAUGGUUGGGGUUGCUGUCCUAUGAAAGAUGCAGUAUGCUGUGAUGACCACUUCUGCUGUCCAAAAGAUUUCAAAUGUGAUAAAGCACGAAAAACCUGCAUCAAACCUGUUGAUGAGAAUGAAAAAGCAAUCAUUUGCCCAGAUGGAGCAUCCGAGUGUCCGGAUGGCUCAACAUGUUGCAUACUUCCGAAUCAGCAGUGGGGAUGCUGCCCUUUACAAAAGGCUGUAUGCUGUGAGGAUCGUUUGCACUGCUGCCCUCCUGAAACCACAUGUGACCUGAAGCAGUCCAAGUGUGUGUCUCAGUUUGGUGUGAUGGAAAUGUGGAAGAAGUUUCCAGCUCUCAGGAGAUUUAUAAUGAAGGAUUCCAUUGAAGUUCGGGUUGUGUGGUGCAAUGAAACAGUGGCCUGCCCUGAUGAUAAUACAUGCUGUAGGCUUGCCUCAGGAGAUUUUGGAUGUUGUCCACAACCGAACGCAGUUUGCUGCAAAGAUGGCAUACAUUGUUGUCCUAAUGGCUUCAAAUGUGAUCCUGAAACUGGAGGUUGCUACCAGAGGGACAUUCCUAUCCCCUGGAUGACUAAGAUUCCAGCUAUUGUGCAAAUUACACAGAGGGAUGUCCAGUGUGAUGAAACCAAGAGCUGUGCUGACAAUCAAACCUGUUGCAAGGGCCCCUCAGGAGAAUGGGAGUGCUGCCCCAUUCCACAGGCAGUUUGCUGUGAAGAUCAUAUACACUGCUGUCCCAAUGGCUACACAUGUAAGGUUCAGCAAGGAUUGUGUGAGAAGAAGGAUUCUUCCAUUCCCAUGGUCCUAAAGCUUACAAGCAGUGUCGAAAAAAUGAAGGACGAGAUCUGUGAUGAUGCUACAAAAUGCCCAUCAGGGAGCAGUUGCUGCAGGAAUAAGGCUGGUGACUGGAACUGUUGCCCUUUACCUCAAGCAGUUUGCUGUGAUGAUCAUGUUCAUUGUUGUCCCAACGGUUACACAUGUGAUGUUCAAGCUGGAGUCUGUCGCAAGGGCAAUAUGUUGAUUCCCUUAGUCCCAAAGAUCCCAACUCUUGUGAAAAGUGGAGUUGUUGAUGUUCAGUGUGAUGACAAAGUUGCAUGUGUGACAGGCACUACCUGCUGUCGAAAUCUCUCAGGAGGUUGGUCCUGCUGCCCCUCUCCGCAGGCAGUUUGCUGUGAAGACAAAAUACACUGCUGUCCUAAUGGCUACAGUUGUGAUAUUGAGCAUGGACAGUGCGUGAUACAUGCUGUAUCUCUCCCUUGGAUCACCAAUGAAGCAGCUAACAUGAAAUUUCUGGAGAAGACCAAAGCAUUAGAUACCAAGUGUGAUGACACUAUGAGCUGUCCCGCAGGCAAUACCUGCUGUAAACAGCGCUCAGGAGCCUGGGGUUGCUGUCCUCUGACUCUGGCUGUGUGCUGUGAAGAUCAUGAGCACUGCUGUCCACAUGGCUACACUUGUAAUGUGAAGGCUGGAACCUGUGAAAAGCAAAACCUUUCUGUCCCUUGGAUGGUCAAACAUUCGCCCCUCUCUGAUGUUAAAUGUGAUGACACGUUCCGCUGCCGGUCUCCAGCCACGUGCUGUAAGAUUUCUUCAGGGGGCUGGGCUUGCUGUCCAUAUGAAGAAGCUACCUGUUGUGAAGAUCAGCUGCACUGUUGUCCAAAAGGAUACACCUGUAAUGCAAAAGCGUGUACACUGCGGCCUCAGCUGAAGUGGGACCUGUUUUUCCCAAAGAAGGAAAAGGCCUUCAGUAUCCUGUGAUGUGCUUGUGCCUUUAACCUACUUGAGCUGUGUAAUGCACCAAAGCAAAACGCUACAGUGUGAAAGCUUGGGAAUUAUACGAAAGGAAAUUGAGUUACUUUUGUAUGAUAAAUCCUCUGAGCCAAGUCUAAAGAAAAUUCUCAAAAUAGCAAAGAACAGUUCUGAGGCAGAAAAAUUUGGAUUUUUACAGUCCCUUUAAUAUUUUUCUUAAAAGAUUUUAAUUUUUACUAUAAAAUAGUUUUUGGGAACUGUUUCUGUAAACUGUAUUGUUUCUGUUUUUAUGUGUUACAUGGAUGUUGAAGGUAAAAUUGCACCAAGUUGAAGCCCAGCUGCUUGAUUCUCUUACAGAUUGGUAACUUGGGGGUUAAUUUAGCCAUUUCAUCAUGGAUAAAUAAAAUAAGCAAAGAGUCCACCUGAUCAAUUUGUAACCUGAUUUGAGAUUUGUUUUAUUCAAACACGCUUAUUGAAAUUGGUGGCUGUCUAUUAUUGCAAAACAUUCAGGUCAGUCCGUAAUUCUGCUGUGAGCAUUUUAUUCAAUGUGCACUGAGUAUGUUUCUCAGGGUAUUACUCUUAACUGUUAACUCAAUAGGAGCAUUUGAAAUUAUGGUGAAUGCAGCACAGUGCACCCAGGAGUUUGGGACAGGAGAGGAAAUAGUUUCUUCUCUCUCCUUGGUUCCCUGGGUUAUUGGACAUGCCCUGCCAGAUAGACCUGAUGUGCCCUUGUCUUCCCCACACUCCCAAACCAUUUUCCUUUAUCUGUGGAUGUAGCUGUUGGAUUUGUAUGAUUUGUAUACAUUCAGCUGCCACUAUCUAGAUGUGUCAUCCUAUGGCUCACACAGUGAUCUGGUCUCUUUCCUGGCACAUCUGAGUAGCACUCCUCUGUACUAAACUCCGAUUUCAAUACAGUAACGCUUUCUUAUCAAAAUAAGGCAACAAAUACAUUUUAGAACCUCCCUUAAAAUGAUACCAUCUUUGAGAUAGCUAACAUUUUAAAAUGUUUUAAGUACUAAUUCAAAAAUUAUUUGAUUUAAGCAAAUUUUUAACAUGCUUAACUAUUUUCAUUAGGAAUUGUAGAUUGUCUCACAUUACUAACUUGAAUUCAAUUGUUGUACAUCUAUUCUUUUGUUGAUUAUACUGGAAUCUUAUUUCAGUCCAGUGAUUUUUAAAUAUGAGGGAGGCAAAAGAUUUGCCAGUUUUUUUUUUAAGGGCAUUGGUUGCUUGCAGAAUUAACAACUGACAGCUUCAAUGAGGUGAUGGUAGUCAUGGUGAUGAUUAAUAUAGGCAAGCAGUCCGUGAGCUGUCUUUUCAAACUUCUUGCUUUGUUUACUGGAAUGGUUUCUGAUAUUGUGUAGUACGUUACAUUCACUUGUAAUAGAUUGAUUUAUUUGUAAUUUCCUAUUAUCAUGAAUGUACGGAUUUAAAAGUCUAGUCUUGCACAAUUGUGCUUAUUUCUGGGUAAGGUCAUACUUUUGAAACAGUAAUGGAAUAACCAUCUUAUGAUUCAUUUCUCAUUGUUCUUUCUGAACAUUUCUGAUGGAGCUUUUGCGAGAAAUAGAGGAUUUCUUGAGCAAAUAUUUGAGCAAUUUUUGAUGAUGCUCGAUUACAAAUUGAUUUCCCACUACGAUAUAAAUUUCUGGUAACCCAUGCAUUUAUAUAAUCAACUUAAGAGAUUUGGUUUUGUUUGAAAUCCAUGCAUUAACUGCACGUUUUAUGCACACCAUUGUUCCAGACUGGAUCACCAAUGAAACCAAUUUGUGUGUUAUCCUUUCAUCGAAACUUUCAAACAUUGCACUUUGUUUGCUAAUUGAAUCAUUGAAAGGAUGGCACCACACUAUUGCUUUGACAUCACUGGAAACGGAAUUCUUGCAGCUAAAUGAUGUAAAUCAAAUCGCUUAUACUGUGCAGUUAUCCUUUCUUGAAUGUUUGCUAUAAAUAAAAGAAAUUGAAAUAUU